CUCCAUCAGCUCUUUCUUACAUCAUAUUGCAAUUUCUCAUCACUUUAUACCAAAUUCAAGUAUAAGUUGAGAUAUGGCUUUAAAAACAUGGAAGCCAUUCAUAACUGUUGUUUCUCUACAGUUCGGAUAUGCUGGACUGUCGAUCAUAGCGAAAUUUGCACUGAACCAAGGCAUGAGCCCUCACGUUCUAGCUGCAUAUCGCCAUAUCGUCGCUACAAUUUUCAUUGCUCCAUUUGCCUAUUUCUUGGAUAGAAAAAUACGGCCGAAGAUGACGCUACCCAUCUUCUUCAAGAUAGUGUUGCUUGGGUUAUUGGAACCAACAAUUGACCAGAACUUAUACUACACUGGUAUGAAGUACACUUCCGCCACUUUCACAGCUGCAAUGACCAAUGUUCUUCCUGCCUUUGCCUUUAUCAUGGCAUGGAUAUUUAGACUUGAGAAGGUUAACGUCAAGAAAAUACACAGCCAAGCCAAGAUUCUAGGGACAGUUGUGACAGUUGGUGGAGCAAUGCUUAUGACUGUUGUGAAAGGACCUUUAAUUCCUUUGCCUUGGGCUAAUCCUCACGACAUUCAUCAAGACACAUCCAAUACCGGAGUCAAACAAGACCUAACUAAAGGCGCAAGCCUCAUCGCUAUCGGUUGUAUCUGCUGGGCCGGUUUUAUCAAUCUCCAAGCAAUCACGCUUAAGUCCUACCCGGUAGAGCUAUCCUUGACAGCUUACAUAUGCUUCAUGGGGUCUAUUGAAAGCACUAUUGUGGCACUUUUUAUUGAAAGGGGAAAUCCUUCUGCUUGGGCAAUCCACUUGGAUUCCAAAUUACUAGCUGCUAUUUAUGGUGGGGUGAUAUGUUCAGGGAUUGGUUAUUACGUUCAAGGAGUAAUUAUGAAAACCCGAGGACCGGUGUUUGUGACUGCCUUCAAUCCAUUGAGCAUGGUCAUAGUUGCCAUCUUGGGGUCUAUAAUUCUUGCUGAGGUUAUGUUCCUUGGGAGGAUUCUUGGAGCAAUAGUGAUAGUUCUUGGACUCUAUUCAGUUUUGUGGGGCAAAAGUAAAGACGAACCAUCUUCAUCAUUUCCCGACAUGGACAAGGAACUCCCACUUAGUACUCCACAAAUUGUGACACUACCAUCGAAAGCAAAUGCAAAAAUGGACACAACUGAUGAAAGUUUCCAACGUAUCUUUCCAACAGCUGGCCAGUAAACCUGCAACAAAUAUAAUUUAUGUAAUAUAAACAAUUACUUUAUGUUUUUUCUUUGUAUACGUAAUCUGCAAAAUAAAGUUAUAUAUUGGGAAAUAAUGCUUUAGAGCACGAGUAUGAUGUAAUGCGGUGGUGGGUAGUGGAGCAUAAUGGAUCAAAUCAACACUUUUUUUGAAU